GCUCAGCUCCGCUUCCUUCAAGCCGUGCCCUUUCUAUCGCUUUCUCUCCUUUCUCUUCUUCACCUUUCUUCUUCUUCCACUUGCUUCAAGAAAGAGAACUGUGGCAAUAAACUGCCAGCAGGCUGAAUAAUUGAGAGCGAGGAGCAGAAAUACUCCUGUUCAGCUUGAUCAUCGUCGCUGAGGAUCAACGCUGGUUGUCUCCAAAUGGCGAGCACUUACAGGCCUUCCUCCGGCUCUGGCUACCGGAAAGACAAAGGCCGCCGCAAGCCGCUGACGGCGCAGAAGCGAAAGGAGAUCAAGGAAGCGUUCGAUCUCUUCGACACCGAUGGCUCUGGGAGCAUCGAUCCAAGGGAGCUGAACGUUGCAAUGAGAGCCUUGGGUUUCGAGAUGACACCGGAGCAAAUCAACCAGAUGAUCGCGGAGGUGGACAAGGACGGUAGCGGCACGAUCGACUUGGACGAGUUCGAGCACAUGAUGACGGACAAGAUGGGCGAGCGGGACGCCCGGGACGAGCUCCACAAGGCCUUCCGCAUCAUCGACCAGGACGGCAAUGGGAAGAUCUCCGACGUCGACAUCCAGCGGCUGGCCAUCGAGACCGGCGAGCGCUUCACGCUGGACGAGGUCAGGGAGAUGAUAGAGGCCGCCGACGAGAACGGUGAUGGCGAGAUCGACCAGGAGGAGUUCAUGAAGAUGAUGAAGCGGACGAGCUUUGGGUCCAGGUUUUAGCCAAGCACCGAACCGAUGGGGGAAUAAUUGCACAAGGCAUAUAAGUAUAAUAACUGAUGUGUGAAUCAUAGAACGAAUAAUAGUUGGGUCGACUUCUUAGGUCGGCGACAUUACUAGUAGCAUGUACCACAACUACAGAAAACCUUUAUAUUGUUGGCUCUAAAACCACUUUUAUUGUCAGUUUUAGAGCCAGCAGCAGGUAACGAGUAGUGAUAGUUGUGAACUAUCA